GUUCUUUACCAAAACCCUCAUGAAGCUCAGCCUCUGUUUGGGAGAGGGUGUCGCGCGGGAAUAGAUCGCCGUGAGCAAAAAAAACUUAUGACGGGUAAGCACGAGAGAGAGAAGCGUGAGGAAGAAGAUAAGCACUGGAGCGAGAAGAAGUUAGAGGAGAUGAAUGAAAGAGAUUGGCGUAUUUUCAAGGAAGAUUUUAAUAUUUCUUACAGAGGAUCAAAGAUUCCUCAUCCGAUGAGGAAUUGGGAAGAGAGUAAGCUUAGUUAUGAGCUAAUGAAAGCAGUAAAAAGAGCAGGAUACGACAAACCUAAACCUAUUCAAUGGCAGCUAUACCUUUAGGACUUGAACAGCGUGAUGUUAUCGGUAUUUCAGCUACGGGUUCCGGCAAAACCGCGGCUUUUGUUUUGCCAAUGUUGGCUUACAUAUCUAGGUUGCCACCAAUGAGGGAAGAGAAUCAGACAGAAGGUCCUUACGCUCUUGUUAUGGUUCCUACACGGGAGCUUGCACAUCAGAUAGAAGAAGAGACGGUUAAGUUUUCGCGUUACUUGGGGUUCAAGGCGGUUUCUAUCACUGGUUGGGAGUCAAUAGAGAAACAAGCCUUGAAAUUAUCACAAGGAUGUGAGAUUGUGAUUGCUACCCCUGGUCGAUUGCUAGAUUGCCUUGAGAGAAGGUACGUGGUGUUGAACCAAUGUAACUAUUUAGUUCUUGAUGAAGCUGACCGGAUGAUUGACAUGGAUUUUGAGCCACAGGUCUCAGAAGUGUUAGAUGAAAAAAAGAUUUACAGAACUACGUAUAUGUUCAGUGCCACUAUGCUUCUUAGUGUAGAGCGUCUCGCUAGAAAAUUCUUGAGGAAUCCUGUUGUGGUCACCAUUGGAGAAACCACAAAGUUUAUCACUCAACAAGUGAUUAUGACCAAAGAAUCAGAUAAGUUCUCUAGGUUAAAGAAACUGAUUGACGAUCUAGGUGAUGAUAAGACAGCGAUAGUGUUUGUGAAUACCAGGAACAAGGUUGAUUACAUUGUUAAGAAUCUUGAAAAGGUAGGAAGGUGUCGUGUGACUACAUUGCACGCAGGAAAGUCGCAAGAACAGAGAGAUUAUAGCUUAGAAGAAUUCAAGAAAAAGAGAUUUAACGUUCUUGUUACAACAGAUGUUUUAGGCCGUGGGUUAGAUAUUCUUGACUUGGCACAAGUCAUCAACUACGAUAUGCCUAACACAAUGGAUCUUUAUACGCAUAGGAUUGGACGAACAGGGCGAGCAGGGAAGACAGGUGUUGCGACAACGUUCUUGACUCUUGAGGAUAAAGAUGUGUUUUAUGGUUUGAAGCAGAAGCUUAAUGAGUGUAAUAGUUUGGUGCCACCUGAACUUGCGAGACAUGAAGCCUCUAAGUUUAAACCAGGAACCUUUCCUGAUAGAUUCUCCCAUUUUUAGGGAUUUGGUGUCACUGCUAUCUAACGAAGACUUUAUUCAGUAUAAUUAA